UGAUCAGGGAAGGGUAGAGGCUGGGAGACCAUCUGGGAGGCCACUGAGAUGGUGGCCCCCACAGGAUCAGGGCAAUGGGAAUGGAGAGAGGGGUGGGGUUCCAGGGAUAUUUUCCAGGUGAAAGCACCAGGUUAUGGGGAUCACUGUCUUGGCUGAACCUCCUUUCCCUGGGAAGGGACCAGGUCAUUCAAACCUUGAUCUCCAGAGCUUCUAAAGAAGCAGUGUGAGCAGGGUGAAGGCAGCCUUGACACUGCCUCCCUUCCUCCCUGCUUUCCAACGGAUAGAUCCAAAGGACAUUGGGAGCGCCUGGGCCUUGCCGCAGGAGCGGAACGCUGGGAGCAGAACCAGCCUCUAGGGAUCUCUGUUCUCACGACCUCCGGGAUCAAAACCAAGCAGGCCCAGUUAUCAGUUUGGGAAUCCAGAAGACUCAGCUCAGACUGAUCCUGAAGUUCUGAGGUAAGCCUGUUAGGUAGGACGUUAGUCAUGAGCGGCCGGGGUGGGGCCUGCCCUGGAGUCCCGACAGGGGUCAGACCAGCACGGCCUUCAGACCACCCCUCUAUGGCUGGCCCAGCAGCCAGCAGACUGCCAGCGGGCCUGUCCAGAACCUGCAGGUCCAGAACCAGCCUGUUCUUGGUGCAAUCUCGGAGGAAAAGGACAUGACCUCUGUGUGACCUUACUAGGGCCCUGGACUAAUUAUAAUAAAAUUUGCAUUGUAGUUUUGACCACCCCCUCACACCCCUCCACCCAACCCUGGAGUGUUUGUCUGUAUGCUUUAUGGCUAAGAGCAUGCGCAGAAGAUAUAUUUUCUGUCAAUCAUCCCUGAAUGCAAAUGAAAGUCUCCACCCAUAAAAUUCCUCAUAGAAACUAUAUAACUCAGGAGUUUGGGACAUUCUCUCUCUUGACUGGCCUCCUUCUCACUAGCAGUAUAUCUUCAAUAUAUCCCACUCUGCUGUACUUUCAUUUUCGGUGAUCUUAAAAUCUUUCCUGAUUCAACGAGAAGAACCGAGGUCCUAGCCGUAACCUCAACUGGUAACAUCUUUUUGGUGCCGCUACUCAGAUUGCACAAACCACAGAAGCCCAGGAGCCAUGGGUGACUGGGGAUUCCUGGAAAAGUUGCUGGACCAGGUCCAGCAGCACUCCACCGUGGUGGGCAAGAUCUGGCUGACCGUGCUCUUCAUCUUCCGCAUCCUCAUCCUGGGCCUGGCCGGCGAGUCCGUGUGGGGUGACGAGCAGUCGGAUUUCCUGUGCAACACGGCCCAGCCGGGCUGCACCAACGUCUGCUACGACCAGGCCUUCCCCAUCUCCCACAUCCGCUACUGGGUGCUGCAGUUCCUCUUUGUCAGCACGCCCACCCUCAUCUACCUGGCCCACGUCAUCCACCUGUCUCGGCGCGAGGAGCGGCUGCGGCAGAAGGAGGAGGAGCUGCGGGCGAUGCCGCACAAGGACCCGUGCGUGGAAAGGACGUUGGCAUCCAUAGAGCGUCAGAUGGCCAAGAUCUCGGUGGCCGAGGAUGGUCGCAUGCGGAUCCGAGGGGCGCUGAUGGGCACCUACGUGGUCAGCGUGAUCUGCAAGAGCGUACUCGAGGCAGGCUUCCUGUACGGCCAGUGGCGUCUCUACGGCUGGACCAUGGCCCCCUUGUAUGUGUGCCACCGCUUGCCCUGCCCCCACUCGGUGGACUGCUAUGUCUCUCGCCCCACCGAGAAGACUAUCUUCAUCAUCUUCAUGCAGGUGGUCGGGUUCAUCUCCCUGCUGCUCAACCUGCUGGAGCUGGUGCACCUGCUGUACCGCUACCUCACAAGGAGACUGAAGGCCCAGCAGGGCCAGAAUGCCGCCCUGGCUCAGGGCACCAGCCCGGAGCCCUACGCUAACCAGGUCUUCUACCUCCCCAUGGGCAAGGAGCCCUCAUCCGAGCCAUGCCCCGUCUACAGCGGGCUCUCGUCCAGUGAGCAGAACUGGGCCAACCUGACCACGGAGGAGAGGCUGGCUGCUUCUAGGCCACCCCCCUUUGUGGACCCGUACCCCGAGAGUAGCCAGAAAUACCCCAGCAGCCAUGCCUCUAAGAAACAAUAUCUGUAGGAACCUGGGGCUUAUGUCACCCGACAGCAGGGCCUCGGAAGUCUGGCUGCCUUGGGCGCCCCUCCUUGAAGGCUCUGCAGAGAUGACUAGGGCAGGGGAAGCGGGUGCUUGCUGGCCAUGGGCCUCACUAUCAGUUGUUCUUGGACACCUGGGGCCUUCCUAGUGACCAGAUGACAGCUCAUGGUUUCCCCUCCAGAGCCUGGCUUUGCCGCAGGAACAGACAGAGCCAGCUCGGGGUGCUCCUGACCAACGGCUUCAGCCCUCUGGCCUUUUUCACUUUGUCCAGAGGGGCCCGAAGCCAAGUGACUCCACCCCCACCAUCAUGGAACUUUCUCCUCCACCCAGGUUGUCCUCGGCACCCUCUCCUGACAGGAAGAGCCUGGACCAGGCCGCUGGGUAGGCCUGGAUUACACACGCAGCACCUGUCAGGGAGGCUGGUGUCUUGUUCUCAUCACUCCUUCCUGGUUCCGCUGUUUAUGCUUCUAAAAUAAACAGAACUUGGUCACAA